GUGCGUCAUCUUUUCACCCACUGAUUAGCUUUCAUUUCCCAAGUUCAGCUACGUUUGUUGGAGGAUCUUCCCUCAUAGCAUACAUAGGAUGUCAAACCCAGAACAGUAUGACAUGGGCUUCUACCAAUCUAAUUAUAUCAUUGAUAAUCAGGAGCCGAGUUGCAAUGAUUCUAAUGCUUAUGGAAAUGUUUAUGGAUACAGAGAGCCACAAGCCACUGAGCAGCCUUCCUCUCCAGCUCCACCAGAGAUGUUCCUGCCAUCAGAUUACGGAGGGCAGCUUUUUCAGCCAGCAUCCAACUUGGAUUAUUACUCACAGUCUCCCUCAGUUGACACUUUUGAUGAAGAGCCCCCUUUGCUAGAGGAACUUGGAAUUAAUUUUGAUCACAUAUGGCAGAAAACCUUGACGGUGCUAAACCCAAUGAAGCCAGCAGAUGGCAGCAUCAUGAAUGAAACGGAUCUCACAGGACCCAUCCUUUUCUGUGUGGCUCUGGGAGCCACAUUGCUUAUGGCUGGAAAAGCCCAGUUUGGUUAUGUAUACGGCAUGAGUGCCAUUGGCUGCCUUGGGAUUCACGCCUUACUGAACUUGAUGAGCAACUCCGGGGUGUCAUAUGGCUGUGUGGCCAGUGUGCUGGGAUACUGCUUGCUCCCCAUGGUCCUCUUGUCCAGCUGUGCAGUCUUCUUUUCACUGCAGGGUACCAUAGGAACCAUGUCAGCCCUGCUCAUCAUUACCUGGUGCAGUCUCUCAGCUUCUAAGAUCUUCAUUUCGGCCUUGGCCAUGGAAGGACAGCAGCUUCUUGUCGCUUACCCCUGUGCCUUACUUUAUGGACUCUUUGCCCUUCUGACCGUUUUCUAAAGACUGCUUGAAGUGACUUUGCAAGAUCCUACCUGUUGGCUCUUCAGAUUUUUCUGGAAGUGCAUUUCCAUUCAAAUCCUGUGAGAUAACUUCCGUGUUAUUUCUGUUGCGAGAAUAUUAAGCAGAGAGACAAGACAGUGCUCAAUGAUAGUUCUCUACUAGCCUGUUGGUGGGGAUGAUGUUUUGAUUUUUUUUUAGCCUGGAGCAUUAAAACAGUUAAAAUGUUUUGAAAUAUUAAGAGAUACAGUCUUGGUGCUGAUGAAUGCUGUUUUUCUCAAUAGACAUGCUUCUGAGAAAUUGUAAGCAAAAUACCAUCUUAUGCUUAACAUUUAUUAACUCUAUAAUAAAUAUUUUUCAAAAACUUUC